AGAUGUGGAUGUGCUUAAUGAAUCUGAAUACUACGCGUCACCCACAUCCGGGUUUCUUGCUUGUUAAGCAAGGGUGUCAUCUUUAAUGAAUUCCCAUUCUAUUUUCAAUAUCCUAAGCUCACUGCAAUUAUCUAUCUACAGAGAUUCAUUCUCAACAUGCCAAUGCUUCGUUGCUUCUUCAACAAAGCCUUUAAAGCCUCCAAAUGUGCAACCUUGUUGCAACUCACAAUUCCACGCAUAAAGUUGCUGAGAAACAGAAGAGAGGUUCAUCUGAAGCAGAUGCGAAGAGACGUUGCUAAGCUACUUGAGGCUGGUCAAGAAGCCAAGGCUAGCCUUAAGGUGGAGCAUGUUAUGAGAGAGGAGAACAUCAUGGCUGCUCAAGACAUCAUUCAACUCUUUUGUGAACUUAUUGCUGCACGCAUUGCAUUUGUUCAAUCACAAAGGAAAUGUCCCCUUGAUUUGAAGGAAGCAAUAUCUAGUGUAUGUUUUGCUGCACCAAGAUGUGCGGAUCUGCCAGAGUUAUUGCAGGUUCAGUCGCUAUUUGCUUCCAAAUACGGAAAGGAUUUUGUAUCUGCAGCAACUGAUCUCACCCCUGACUGCAGUGUUAAUGGCCAGUUAAUAGAGCUGUUGUCAGUUCAAGCACCUUCACAGGAAAAGAAACUGAAACUUCUAAAAGAAAUUGCUGUUGAGCAUAAGUUAGACUGGGAUCCAACUGCCUCAGAAACCAAGUCCUUUAAAAAACAUGAGGACUUACUGAAUGACCCCAUUCAAUUUUGUAGUCAAUGUGUGUCAAAAUUGCCUCUUCCUGAAGAAAAACACACUGAAGUUGAUCUUCAAUCAUCAAGCCAAUCUGGAUCACUUGGAUCAGACAAACAUAAACCUAAUACUUCAUUUGAUAAAAAGGACAGUGAACAGUCUAUGUCAUUCAUCUCAACUCCCCUUGAUAAUAAGCUUACCAAGAAAAAUGGUGCACAUGUGUCAGAUAGCAGCUUUGAGAAUCCAUUCUUUGUAAGUGUUGGUAAUAAAUCUGAAACAGAAAGGGAACAUUUCACUGAACAAAAUGCUGCAAAUGACUAUGAUGAUGGUGGCAUAAAUAAUGUGGAGUUUGAGCCUGCCUUCUCAUUCUCUCAUUCAUCAAGUUUUCCUUCAUUUGAUAUACCCAAGGAAGAUUUUGGUUCUUCCCUACACAAUCAUUCUGUAUUGGAUGACAAAUCCUCUCAUCACCAGCUUAAGAGAUUGCCUUCACUAGAUGAUUAUUCGGGUUUCUCAUACCCAAACUUAUUCACCCCAAAAAACUCAAAUAAUUGGUCUCAUACAUUCAGAUAAUAGGAAUUUCAGUCAUGAUUGUGACAAGCAAUUUUAAAACAACUACACAUUUUUCCAUGUGACUUUCAAGUCUUGCUCAUGAGUGGGUAUUAUGCUGCUGCAUAAGUUAUUUGGACUAUUGCUCGAGGUAGUACGUAUUAUGGCUGGCUUUGCAGUGUUUAAUUGCUAUAUAAGGAGCCUCUUGUUCAUGAAUUAUUUUGUGGUAAGCAAGUGACUAUGCUUGCAAUGAAUGUAGAAAUCCAAUAUUUUAUUUGUAUAUAUUGGAAACAAAAGUAGUCAACUUCAUGUUUCUCUCUGUAUCUAGUAUUCAUAGAUCCAUGCUUUCAAAUGCAAAAUAAUCACGGCCCUAUACUAUCUUAUGUAAUUAUUGUAAUUGUAACCUUGUUGCAGAUUACUGUGUCAAAUAUUAUCAUAUGUAAAUUUCUUUGCUAAA